GAUAAAGUAGAAGGUUACAGUCUGGCGACACGAGGUUGCAUCCAACAGGUGUCUUGUCCACAGUCUUGGCUCUACCUUUGUAAACUACGUUCAUGGACCCUCGAGGUAAGGGCGUGUUUCUGACAGGCGGGGCACAAGGCUUGGGCCGAGGUAUCGUGGAAGAGCUUUUGUCCCUGGGAGCAAAGGUGUUGUUCUGUGAUGUCGAUGUGGAGAGAGGGAGGGCCACUGAGUCUGAACUACAAACACAAUAUGGCGCCGAUGUCGUCUUCUUCCAGCCGGCCGACGUCUCGGAUGACGAACAGCACAAAGCGGCGUUUAGGGCGGCAGUGUCACAGUUUGGAGCCGUUGAGCUCUGUGUCAACAAUGCUGGGAUUGUCGACGAGAAAAACUGGGAAAAAGUGCUGGCUGUCAACGUGGUUUGUAUAUGAGGACUUUCAUGGCAA